AGUAGUCUACACUCGUCGCCUGAUAGUUCCAGGCAAAACGGAACAUUGACCCUUUUUUAUUUGAUUCGAUUUAAAUCCUCUUCUCAAACAAGAUGUGACUCUUUUCAAAGAACAGACUAAUACCUUUAGAAUAUCCAUGUCGUUCAGGAUAGCCGGGAGAGAGAACGUCAAGGGGUUUUCUACGAAUGGAAGUUAUUUGUUGUGAGUUGUUUUGAAUAUGUUAUUCCGAAGUGAGUUUGUUUUUUGUUUGUCUCCGUUCGUCGUGGACCUUUAAUUUGGAAUCUAUCGACGAAAUCCAGAUCGUCAAGGGAAACCCAGAGCGAGGAUUCUACAAAGCCAGAGAGCUCACAGACCGGGGAUUUAAAUUGUUUGGUGUGCUCCGGGAGAAGCGAGAGUCAAAGAAAGAAAUUCAUGUGGCCAUUCUCUCUUUAGCAAAACAUUUUGGAUUGCAGAAUGAGCAAGGAAAGACCUAAGAGGAAUAUCAUCCAAAAGAAAUACGAUGACAUAGAUGGGAUCCCCUGGUCAGAGGAGAGGGAUGUGAGGAAGGUGCUCUAUCUCUCCCUGAAGGAGUUCAAGACUGCUCAGAAAAGGCAGCUUGGAGAUGGAACCAAAUACACAAAUGGUUCACAUGCCCGCGGCCAGCUCAACGGCUUGGGGCAGAAGGGCCACAAGGCUGACGGGUUGCGGUUCCAGAGCACAAAUGGCAGCAGCGAGUACUCUGAGGAUGGUCCUGCCAAGAAGAGGCCCAGACUGCAAGCGCAGAGGAAGUUUGCCCAGUCUCAGCCCAACUCUCCCAGCACCACGCCGGUCAAGGUGUCUGAUACCGCCCUGCCCGCCCCCUCCGCUCACAUCAGAGACAUCUCCAGACGGAAACCCAAGACUGAGGACUUCCUCACCUUCCUCUGCCUGAGAGGUUACUCCUCCUGGCCAAAUGAAGGUUCGUCAGCGUUGCCCAGUAACAUGGCGUACUUUGGGAGCUCUCAGGAUGAAGAUGAGCUGGAUGAUGAUGAUGAAGAGGAAUACGAGGAUGUGAAGCCAGACAUCAGUGUGGCGUCUACUUCCUGUCAAUCCACGCCCAGGAAGGGCAAACCCCCAGGGAAACAUGCCGUCAACGGCCACGUGUUGAAUGGCCACAGCAAGUCGCCCCGGGACAGCCCCAAGCCCAGAGGGAAGGAGUGGGUGCAGGUGAGGGAGCGCAGUGAGAGGGCCGAGGCCCGGAGGGAGCAGGCCCUCAGCCAGCCAGAGGCCACAGCCAGGGGCCACACCUUACCCAGAGGCCACACUACCAAUGGACUGCCUCACAGGAGGGCUGCAGAGGAGCCCCGCAAGCAGGUCUUUAAAGUGAACGGCGUCACACGGGUGUCCCAGCCAGGCGUGCACACGGCCGGUGCCCAAAAAACGAAAGACUUCAGACUGCCGUCCAAAACUGUGAAGGGCCAAGUCACAUACACCAAAGCAAAACGAGAACUGGUCAAGAAAACCAAACUGAACCACCGCAAACACAGCACUGCUGCUUCCCAUAGAGCCAAUAGCAACAAUCACCACCGCCACCAGCGACUCCCCCUCUCCAACUCAGGAAAAGCCCAGAAUAGCAAAGCAAAAACACGCAAACAGGUGUUAUUAUCCAAUGGGGUGUACAAGGUGGCUAACGGGGGCGGUGUGCGCCUCAACGGUCGCCUCUGUGCCAAGCAGGAGGUGGGCAGGCAGGGGCGUGAGGGGCUGAGGAACUCCAAGCGGAGGCUGGAGGUGGCGGUAGCAGCCAUCGGGGCGGUGGCUGACUCCCAGGGUCAGCUGGUCAUCCUGGAGAAUAACCCCAACCCUAAGAAGACAAAACAGCACCAGACCAGCCCUCUGGAAACACGCAGUAAGAAAGCCUGUCAGGACAAGACCUUGGUCCCCAACGGACACAUCGUCAUGGAAACCACCCCUCCCCCGACCCUGCUAGCCCCACCCCCUCCCCCGACUCCUCCCGCCACACCACCAGCCAAUCCAGAGCCAGAGCGCCAGCGGCCCAAGCGGGCGUCAGCCGGCAAGCUGAUGUUCAUCAGACAAGCACAGCAGCGGGCGCAGGUUGCCUCUAACCCUAACCACAACCGCUCAACUACCUCAGAAUCCCCUUGCCACACUUCUGGACACAAUCCUGGACAUAUCCCUCACAAACCAGCAGAGCCCCGGCCUGACAGGGAGUGGGAAAGGGAGAAGGAGAGGGAGAGAGAGAGGGCGGAGAGGAGUAGGGUGAGCUGGGCGGCGUUGGGUGAGGCGCCAGUGUUCUGUCCCACCCAGCGGGAGUUCCAGGACCCCCUGGUGUACCUGGACUCUGUGCGGGAGGGGGCAGAGCCCUGCGGACUUUGUCGUGUGGUUCCCCCGGCUGACUGGCGCCCAGAGUGCAAACUGAACGAUGAGAUGCGCUUUGUGACCCAGGUGCAGCGCAUCCACAAGCUGGGCCGUCGCUGGGGCCCCAAUGUACAGAGGCUAGCCUGCAUCAAGAAGCACCUCAAAUCUCAGGGCAUCACCAUGGAAGACCCCCCGCUCAUCGGUGGCUGUGAGGUGGACCUGGCUCGGUUCUUCCAGCUGAUUAAUGACAUGGGCGGCAUGCAGCAGGUGAUGGACCUGAAGAAGUGGAGUAAACUGGCUGAUCUGCUGCGGAUCCCCAAGUCAGCCCAGGACCGUCUAGCCAAGCUGCAGGAGUCCUACCUCCAGUACCUGCUGUCGUAUGACUCUCUGUCCCCCGAGGAGCACCGACGCCUGGAGAGGGAGGUGCUGCAGGAGAAGGAGGGCUUGGAACGCCUCAGGGGGCCCCUGGAGGGCCACACAGAGAGGAGCCUGGUCCUGCCGCGCUACGAGCCUAAGAACGGGCUGGCCGGCAGUCUGGUGCAGCGCAGCAACGGUCAGCUGUGCAGCCGGCUGAAGGAGCUGGACACUCAGCAGCUGAAGGUGGGACGCCGGAGGCUGUUCGCUCAGGAAAAGAAUAAUGGGGACAAGACACAGCAGGAUGAAGAGGAGGCGGAUAUGGAGAAAGGCGUUCUCAGUGACCAGCACAAGUGUAUUUACAAGGGGAAAUCUGUAUCUCUCACCAACUUCUUUAGGAUAGCCAGGAACACCAUGACCAUGUGCUUUAACAAAGAGCCCGGUGCUGCUGAGGUCGAGCAAGAAUACUGGAGGAUAGUGGAGCAGAGGCACUGCCAUGUGGCAGUGCAUUAUGGGAAAGUGGACACCAACACACACGGAAGUGGCUUCCCCGUGGGAAAGUCAGAGCCAUUUUCUAAACAUGGAUGGAACCUCACUGUCCUCCCAAAUAAUUCUGGAUCCAUUCUGCGGCAUCUUGGAGCCGUGCCCGGGGUGACCAUUCCCUGGCUGAACAUUGGCAUGGUCUUUUCUACCUCAUGCUGGUCUCGAGACCAAAACCGCCUUCCAUACAUUGAUUACUUACACACUGGUGCUGACUGCAUUUGGUAUUCUGUUCCUGCUGAAGAGAAGGUGAAGCUUGACAAGGUGGUUCACACACUGCUGCAGGCCAACGGGACUCCCGGGCUGGAGAUGCUGGAGAAGAACAUCAUGAUCUCUCCGGAGGUGCUUUGUCGAGAGGGUAUCAAGGUCCACCGCACCGUCCAGCAGAGCGGUCAGUUUGUGGUCUGCUUCCCUGGGACCUUUGUGUCCAAGGUCUGCUGUGGCUACAGUGUGUCGGAAACCGUUCACUUUGCCACCCCCCAGUGGAUGAACCUGGGAUACGAGGCUUCUAAGGACCUUAAAUGCCGGCACAUAGCCAAACCCUUCUCCAUGGAGAAGUUACUCUACCAGAUCGCCACGGCCGAAUCCAAACGCGAGAACGGACACCUUCUGACAACAAUCUCCGCUCUUCUCAAAGACCUCAGGAACAUAGAGAUGAGACAACGGCAGGAACUGUACGAGGCGGGGCUUCUGUCUUCUGCCCGCUACGGAACACACGACAACAACCUGGUGCCCGGCGACGGACGCAAGAAACCCAGGAAGUGGCUGGCACUAGAGUCCUCAGAGAGACGCUGCCAGACCUGCCAACACCUCUGCUACCUGUCCAUGGUGGUCCAGGAGAAUGAGAAUGUGGUCUUCUGUCUGGAGUGUGCUCUGAGAUACGUGGAGAAUCACAAGUCCUGCAGAGGCCUCAAGAUGAUGUAUCGUUAUGAUGAGGAGCAGAUCAACAGCUUGGUGAAGCAGGUGUGUGGCAAGGCCCUGGAGAAGACGACUGAGAAAUGUAAUGCUGCGAGCCCCUUUAAACCACCACCCAAACGCGGUCCCCGGAAGAGAGCCACCGUGGAAGUGUCCCUGUCCCGCCUCUCCUCCCACCUGUCUCCCGCAGCCGUCUCAUAAGGACGUUAACACCCCCCACUGCCCCUCCAUCUUAGUUUGGCGAAUCACUGUUGUCCUUUUUAAAGAAAGAAAAAAUAUUUCCAGCUUUUAAUGCCCCAAAUCUCCCCUACCUAUACCCCUUACCAUGACAAACUACCCCACCCCCCCCCCCCCCCCCCCCCCCCCCCCCCCUUAGUAUGGCAAACUUGUGAAAGCAAACUGUAUUUUUUUGCACUAGCACAGAAAAAACUAUUUUUCAGUUAAUUUUUUGGGGGGGGGUUAGUUGAUGUCAUCCUUAGCAUUAAUUGAAAAGUUCACCGGUAAAUGUUGUGCCCCUUGCACUGCCCCCCUCUACACUUUUUGAGGAGAGGGUCAGAUUGGUCUUCCCUAUCCACACUGCAGUCACACCCAUCGCCACCUGUCACUCAACUGUGAACAAAGGGACGAACGGAGAAGGUGCUCCUUUUUUCAUUUUUAUUGAAAGUAGAACCCAAAGUUUGCUCUCGUCUUCAGUUUUUGAAGAUGAGUUGUUUAUAUUCUCCUCUUUUACCUGCAGCAGCUCCUGUUGUUUAGGGUCUGUUGCGCCCUAACCCACGCCAGGUAAAACUUGAAAGGCAGAUGUGUUUUGGCUUGCUUGUUUUUAUUUUGGAUUUUAGCUUUGAUUUUAGUCUUCUGUGUUUAUUUUGUCGUUUUGUUCCUUGGUGGCUGUGGAACUAGCGGUGCCGUGGCUGUAUGUCAGAAAUACAGCCUGGUGUGCCGUAUGUCAGAAACACAGACCUAGGUGCUGUGGCUGUACGUCAGAAAUACAGACCUGGGUGCCGUAUGUCAGAAACACAGACCUAGGUGCUGUGGCUGUACGUCAGAAAUACAGACCUGGGUGCCGUAUGUCAGAAACACAGACCUAGGUGCUGUGGCUGUACGUCAGAAAUACAGACCUGGGUGCCGUUGGUCUCUGUGCCCGUAGUAGAAGGGAGGCCUCCUUUGCUAGCGAGUGAAAACUGUGCCUAAUACUCAGCAAGGAGAUCCAUAGUUUUUGGUGCUGUUGGUUAUUAUUACUGUAUAACAAUACAAAAGAAAGGUGAGGUGCUGGCUAACUACUAGCCUCCUCUCCCACAGGUCGGUAGUCUCUACUCUCCUCUCCCACAGGGCGGUAGCCUCUACUCUCCUCUCCCACAGGGCGGUAGCCUCUACUCUCCUCUCCCACAGGGAUGAGGUUCAAGGUUUUCAUGUCCCACAGGGUUAGGUUAGGGUUCUAGGCUCUCCUCUCCCGCAGGGUUAAGUUAGGGUUCUAGGCUCUCCUCUCCCAUAGGGUUAAGUUAGGGUUCUAGGCUCUCCUCUCCCACAUGGUUAGGGUUCUAGGCUCUCCUCUCCCACAGGGAUAGGGUUCUAGGCUCUCCUCUCCCACAGGGUUAGGGUUCUAGGCUUUCCUCUUCUAGAUGUGCAAUCAUGUUAACAUUCCAUUCUUCCAGUCCUAUUGUUUCAGCUGUACCAGUAAACAUUAAUUAUUUUAUUAUUAUUUUAUAUUUUUCUUGUGUAUGCGUUCUGAUGUGCGCGUAGAACCACUAGUCAAAGGGUGUAAAAUGUGAAAUAUGGAAAUCCAUGUUCUUUUUUUUGCUUUUGCAUUUUCCCUUUUUCAGAUGUAUGAUUUUAGGAGUAAGUCCAACACAAAAACAUAAACUUUUGUACAUAAUCCUGUAAAUGUCUUUAAAUACUUGAGCCUUUUCUGGGGUGAAGGAAGGAAUGAUGCCUCUAAAGGUAUUAGUGGAAGCAAGGGAGGAAGUGCUUGAUGAAGAAAAAGCCUUACGUUUCAGUUUCUUCAUGUGUGUGUUUGAUGCUUACAGGGUUGCUCUGGUUACGUGUAUACAUUUAAGUGCUGCUUACAUCAGUGAGAAAGAUAUGGAGUAGCAAUGGCCCCCUAUUUUAUUUUUUAUUUUUUAGCUUUACUUUUUUAAAGAAAAGGGAAAAUAUGUUCACAAAAAAAAUGGUUUUAAAUUUUCAUUACUGAAAAUUCAACAAUGUAGUAGCUCCUCAUGUUGCACUGAGCUUGCCAGUGGUGGCUGACAAGGUGAUCCUAUUAUCCAGUUUGUUGGUUGUUGUCCUUUACAGAAGACUGAACUGUUUUAGGAGUAUUUAAUGAAAACCAAGUUGGGUGUUUUCCACAGAAAGUGGUUGUCAAGUUUUUAUGGCCUUACAAUGUAUUUUAUUCAGAUUUUUUUUUUUUUUGCAUUUUCUUUUUCUACAGUAUAAACUAUUGCUCACGGUCUGGCAAGUUAAUUUAUUAGCGAUGCGUCUCCAGCUUUCCUUCCAUUUGGAAAGAUUUCAUGUUGGUUAUAUUGCCAGUUUUUUUACUUUUGCAGUUUGUACUAAAAGUUUAAUAAAAACGUACAGACAAUUCACUGUCUUUUCUUUUGAA